AUGCUCCACCACCACCUCCUCUCCUCCUCCGCCUCCUCCUUCCCUCCCGCCGCCGCGCAAUCACUCCUCCUCCUCCCGCGACAGCCAACCGCCAGCCUCCGCGCCCUCAUCUCCAUGGCCGCCUCGACCUCGAGCUCGAGCCCGUUCCGCCCCCCGCGCGCCGUGCUGGCGGCGGCGGUGCCGUCCCUCGGCCUCGACGAGACCGCCGCGGCGGCUGACGACGCAUUCCGGAGACACACCUCGCCGGGCCUUCGGAGGGCAGUCGGCGCGGUCGGCGUGGCCGUCGUGUGGUUCAGGAGCGACCUCCGGGUGCUGGACAACGAGGCGCUGGCGCGCGCGUGGGCGGCCUCCGGCGCCGUCCUCCCCGUCUACUGCGUCGACCCCCGCGCCCUCGCCGGCGCCACCCACCGCUUCGGCUUCCCCAAGACCGGAGCAUUGAGGGCGCAGUUCCUGAUAGAGUGCCUGGGAGACCUGAAGCGGAACCUGCAGAAGCGCGGGCUCGACCUGCUCGUCCGGCACGGCAAGCCUGAAGACAUCCUCCCUGCGAUCGCCAAGGCCGUCAGUGCACACACAGUCUAUGCCCACAAGGAGACCUGCAGCGAGGAGCUCCUCGUGGAGCGCCUCGUGCGCAGAGGCUUGGAGCAGGUGGUUCUCCCUCAAGGACAGGGAGGAGCUUCUGGCCGGAAUAAUAGGCCUCUCAGCCCCAAGCUUCAGCUCGUCUGGGCAGCGACGAUGUACCACACCGACGAUCUCCCGUUCCCGGUGAGCAACCUGCCGGACGUGUACACCCAGUUCAGAAAGGCGGUCGAGUCGAAGUCCUCGGUCCGGAGCUGUGGCAAGCUGCCGCCUUCGCUCGGGCCGGCCCCGGGCUCCGGCCUGGAUGAGCUCGGCGGGUGGGGGUCGAUACCGACUCUGGAGUCACUGGGCCUAAGUGUAACGAAGGCAGAGAAGGGAAUGCGUUUCGUCGGAGGGGAGAGCGCGGCUCUCGGAAGGGUUCACGAGUACUUCUGGAAGAAUGAUCAGGUGAAAGUCUACAAAGAGACCAGGAACGGCAUGCUUGGGCCGGACUACUCCACCAAGUUCUCCCCUUGGCUUGCCUCCGGCAGCCUUUCGCCGCGCUAUGUUUGCGAAGAGGUUAAGAGAUAUGAGAAGCAGCAAGUGGCAAAUGAUUCCACAUACUGGGUUUUGUUUGAGCUGAUAUGGAGGGACUACUUCAGAUUCCUUUCAGCAAAAUAUGGGAACUCCAUUUUCCACUUGGGGGGGCCGAGAAAAGUGGCGUCCAAGUGGAGCCAAGAUGAGGCGUUGUUCGAAUCUUGGAAAGAUGGUCGGACCGGGUACCCUCUUAUUGAUGCCAACAUGAAGGAGCUCUUAGCUACUGGUUUCAUGUCCAACCGUGGCCGUCAGAUUGUCUGCUCUUUUUUGGUCCUGGACAUGGGUAUCGACUGGCGAAUGGGAGCUGAAUGGUUUGAAACAUGCCUUCUGGAUUAUGACCCGGCUUCUAAUUAUGGCAAUUGGACAUAUGGAGCAGCUGGACCCUUGACAGGAGUUGGCAAUGAUCCACGAGAAGACCGAUACUUUAGCAUACCCAAGCAAGCCAAGACGUACGAUCCUGACGGCGAAUAUGUCGCGUACUGGCUACCGGAGCUCCGGUCGCUAGCAAAGGAAAGGAGAAACUUCCCAGGCGCUUCAUACAUCAAGCAGGUCGUCCCACUGAAGUUUGAUGGUGGGCAUCAGAGAAAAGAUCAGCAAUUCAACAGGCAGACAAGGCCAAAGAACAUUUACAGAAGACAAAAAUGA